AACUAUUUGAAAGAGUACUCACAGUGUGGCACGCAUAUACACUUUGGACCGCGACAGACAUCUAAAACCUUCGAAGGAUGUGGAUCAGCGAUUCAAAAGCACACGGAAGCUAUCAGAAACCUAAAACGUGGCUGCAAUCAACACUUUGUUUCUUGCAAACAGUUAUAUCACUCAAGAAAAAAUGAAGCAAAGUGAAACCAGACGGUGUCGAACAAUUUCUCCAAGACUCGACUUUACGAAGAUUGACCAUUCCCCUCAUUGGCUGAGCUUGAGCAGGCUAAGUAAACUCUGUGCUUGGAAAGCAGCACACUAUGUGGUGCUCUCCCAACCCAACCAUCACUGGUGGCACCAACUGUCAGUGACUCUCUGUUUUCUGCAUGACAAACACGUCGUGAGCACCAAGCAGCAGUGCAAAACCAGUAAUUACGCGGGCGAGCGUUUGCCGAAGGAUGGGCCUACAUUUGAAGCGCUUGGCUGCACUGAUGAGCUCUCAUCUGCAAUCGGCCAUGCUAGAGAGCAUUGUCUUGAGGCAGGCCAUGGCUUCCACGAUCAAUUGCAAACGAUCCAGUGUGACUUGCAGGACGUAGGGUCUAAUAUUGCAACGCCUCGUCAGACAGCGUCUGAGGAUCGCUUAGUGCGGACAGCUUUCCCCGAGGAACGUGUAAAACAGCUGGAGAAGUGGAUUGAUGAGAUGGAUGAAGUUCUCCCGCCGCUCAAGAACUUCAUCUUGCCGUCUGGUGGGAAGGCAGCGACUGCUCUUCACAUGUCAAGGUCAAUAUGUCGACGAGCAGAGCGGCGGGUUGUACCACUGGUUAGAGAAGAGACUGUCGAUCGAGAUAUCCAAAUCUAUUUGAACAGGUUGAGUGACUAUCUGUUCACACUGGCACGACGGUCUGCUCAACUUGAAGGCAAAGAAGAAAGCAUCUACAAGCGACCCAGUUGAGCUGCGCCAUUCCAUGGUACAGUUGCUGUUGCUUCAGACUGUUCGCGUUGUUCGCACCAGGCAGUAUUAGUACUCCCUGGUUCGCACUGUUCACACUGUGUCUGUGCUAAGCACACAUCCAGAUAGUGCUUGUCCACGUAAUUGGAUAUACCGAGUGCAACUGAAGAGUUUCUACUAUAUCAGUUGUCAUUCUAGGCAUAUUCACCCUUCCUGAGACCUUGGUGCACAUUCUGGAAGUAUUUUACACCGGGCAGGCACCAUGCAUAGAUCAUGUAUAGCCUUUCUUCCGAGUUGUAGAUAAAUAGGUAAGCGGCAGCUUUCGGUGGAAUUGCUGUUUUUCUUUGGAGUUGUUAGUGCAAGAUCUUGAUGCGAUCAGCAUUGAUGCCCUGUUUCCCAACCUACCCGGCUGUGUUUUAAUUUGGCCGUUUGUGCCACUUUAGGCGUGUGCUUUGUGGCGCUUGCGCGUGCGUGCUCUGUGUGGUCGGUCCUGAACAUACCAGUAUAUUGCUUCAAGUAUCAUUUCUUCCUUCGUAUCACACUUCCUUCUCAGGCUUGAAUCUGCUGCUGGUCACUUGUUGAUACGGGCAUACAUAUAGCUGUAACUAAAGUAUCAUUCCCUUUUCGGUUCUCCACAUAUCCACAGUGUCAUCCACAGUGUCAUCAUUCUAGCUUGGUAGCAGACCAUGAAAGUGCUGUAAUGCUGAUACAUGUACACCUGAA